UGAGGCAUUAAUUAUUGUACCCCGUGACCUUCGAAUGUCACUUUCAUUGUGGACACCAGCUACUCUCUCUAAACGUCAAGUACACUCUUAGAACUCUGGAUCACGAAGUCAAGUUUCAAGUCAACUUGAGAUAUUGCCAUUAUUAUCCCAGCAUCAUUCAUUCGAGCCUGUGUCUCCACCAUUCCAAAAGGGCUCCGCUGCAUUAGCCCGCCCACGGCUGAUCGCUCUGAAUCUGGGCACCAAAAUCUGUCUCGCUCCGAGUGCCAGUUCGCUGUGGAGGCCGUGUUCCCAAUACAUCCCUGCCUUUUGACUGGGCCAAUCACCACUGUCUUUCUUUGUUUCUAGCAGCUUCCGGGUGUCGCGAAAUCUCCCCUAUCCCUGGAUUCCCGGUCAACAAGCGCCGUUGGGCCUUCACCGUCUCGUCCGUGCGGCCUGCGUAAUUCAGCCACAGUAGCUUCCCUUAAUCGAGGGGAUCGCUGGAAAGAAGAAGUAUUACAGGGCGAAAAGAAUCCCUGGAGCCACCCCUCAACUGUGAUGGUUCCUCAUUACACAAUGGACCCCAAUACUGGUUAUCCCGCAGGCUAUCCCGUCCCGACUCAGAGCCCCCAAAACCAACAGAUGCCUUUUUACCCUAACGCUGUUCCCCCAUAUCCCCAAUCAAAGACACCGUCGGCUCAACAUUUUGGUGCUAUGCCCAUGCAGCCUGGUCCUGGUGGAGCUAUGAUGCCUUCAGGUUUCCCCCAACAAUCUUCCGCAGCACCUAUGGAUAAUUUCUCAGCGCCCUAUACCCAGGCUCCCAUCCCUACCCCCAUGGGCCAGUUUGUCCCCCCUCAAGGCACAUCCGGCGCAAACAUGCCAUCUCAAGUAGCGCAGACCUUCUCUCAAAACAUGGCUUCCAUAUCAGCGAACAACCUACUCGGCACACAGCCCAAACCCCCUUCGCAAAUCAACUCCCCCCAAACCGGUGCCUCUCCUGCGGCUCCGAACCAGGCCCAGGCCCAGGCCCAAGCUCAAGCUCAGUUUGCGGCGCGUGAGAAGGCCCGCGUCACGGCCCUCCUGGAUAUCAACUCGGCCUUGCUGCAAGAGGUAGUGAACCUUCAAGCGGCCGGCAAGGCUGGCCCGGCCUCCCACCCGGAUACAAAUUCACCGGCGUCUGAGCAACCGGAUGCAUCCAAAGCCAAUCAGAAGCCGAGCCCCGAAUACAUUGAGUGCAUGCGACGCCUACAAGCCAACCUAGCCUACCUCGCGACUAUCGCUGAUCGAGCGAAGAAAGCGAGUGGUGUCGUACCCCAAACGCCAGCAAUCAUGACACCGCCUCCUAACCUUCCCGCUGUGAAUGAGCUAUAUGCUAGACUUAAUGAGCUCUUCUCGCGGUCUGCGAAGGCCUCUACUCCGCAAAGACCGAGUCCUCCAUCCAUGCAAGGAAACGGUGGACCUAGCCCUGGCGCUAUGACUGAGUCAAUUAUCUGAAGCAAAUAAUGGGGAAACAUGCAGCCCUCCGCGUGAGAAGGCAUGCCGCAGAUUAUAUCAAGCUCCUGAUUUGUCCGCCACCGCGAAUCAUGCGACCAUGGCUCGAGUCACCAAUGAAAGCUUUGUGGGAGGCGCCGACCCAUUCCCUUCAACACCAUGCAUACCCGCAGAAGCAUGGACUUUCCCCCAUGCGCACCAUCUCUGCCGGCUGAAAACCCGAAUGUGUGACCAGUUGAGAACUUUAAAGCAGCCAUGGUCUCCGUGAUAUUUGACUGGGAAAUACUCCAAAGUAUCCGAGUCCCCCGCGUUGGAAGUAUGGGAGCAUUUGCCGAGGAAGGAUUCUCACAUUUGAGUAAAUUAGGCUACAAAGCAACCUCCAAUUUGUACAUUAGUUGAAUGUAACGUAACAUCUCAUGCGUCCUAUCCACAUGUAAAUCAGGCAGAGAGGUAUUCAGA